CAGACCGGGCAGAGUCUUCCCGAGAGGGGUGGGCCCUCAGCAGCCGAAAAGGAAAACCCACCUUUUUUUUGGUCAUUGUUGAGGACGCGGUGGAAUGCGACGCGUUGAUCUCGCGCGGCCCGAGGUGGGAAUAUCCGAGAGGAAAGGAGCGGCGAAAGCGAUUCGGGGACGGGAGGACGGCGAAAAGCAGCGCACCCCCCCCCUCCCGCACCGCACCGCGCCGCGCCGCGCCGCGCGCACUCUGGCGGCGUCUGGAUAUGUGGAUGAGCAGCGGCGGGUCCUACCGUCCGCGCGAGCUCCGGCCGUGGGAAGUUGUGGAAUUACCGUCGGCGCGUUUCCGAGCCGCCGCCGGAGCCGCUGAGAUGACAGGUUUUCCUGCAAAGCACCAUUCUGAGGCAACUUCAAGGUCCUAAGGCGACAGUUGGGAAACAAAGCACGACAAACUACCAGAAGAAGAAGAAAAGUAUUUCCUCAGGAGACUAAAAGACUUUAUCUCACUACGACACAAAUGUGGAACUCCCAAAAGACUGUCAUCAAAUAGUUCGAGCAGCAAAAUCAACAUUAGAUAGAGCACAAACAACUUUGUAGCCAUGUCUGAGCAUAAAGACAUGACACAUCGCCACCUGUGGCACAAGCUGCAGAGUCUCGCCCGAAGACUGGAUGAACUGGAGGAAGCUACCAACAAGCUGCAGAAGUCGGAGGAUGAGCUGCUUGACCUGCAGGACAAAAUCAUCCAGGCAGAAGGCAGCAACUCAGCCCUGCUUGGUGACAUUGAGUCUCUGAGGAAGCGUCUGCUGAAGAUCCAGGGUAAGGAUGAGGAAGUCCGCAAAGCUGAGGACCUCUGUCGCACAGUCAGAGAAAAACUGGAAGAGGAGGAAAACCUCACCAAGGAGCUAAAGGCUGAGAUUGAACGUUUACAGCGGAGGAUGGCCGAACUUGAAAAACUGGAAGAGGCUUUUGGAAAAAGUAAGUCUGACUGCAGCCUGCUCUGCCUGAGCCUCAACGAGGAGAAGAACUUGACCAUGAAGCUUUCGUCUGAGCUAGAGGGCCUCAAAGCCCGUCUCAAGGAAGUGGAGGGGUCUGAGAUGAAACUGGACCGAGCAGAGCAGGCUUUGGGUAUGGAGCUUGAGAAGCUCAAAGGAUUUACCCAGACGUUUGUGAGUGAGCGCAAGAGGCUACUAGAGAAGCAAAGAGAGGAUGAGAAGCUCAUCCUAAAGCUGAAAGAAAAACUGAAUCGCCUCGGCAUGUCGGCGGACGCCGGCCAGAUGGAUUUCUUGCGGUCGCGAAUUGAAGAUGAGCUUUCGUCCACUGGAUUCCUCACAGGCAAACUGGAAAAAAGGAGGGCUGAGAAGAGCCCCGACCACUUUAAGUUGACUGAAGACAAGAUCAGUCUUGUAAACAAAUCUGAAAAUAAGAAAAACACCGCCCUCGAGGGCUCACACGAGGACGACAACAAAGUCAAGGAGCUGACGCAGGAAAUAGAGCGGCUGAAGAAUCGCCUCAAGCAGCUCGAGAUCGUAGAGGAGGAUUUGAAGAACUCGGAGUCCAAAAAUGGUGAACUCCACGAGAAGUUCCAAAUGGAACGAAGCCGGGUGCGUCAACUGAACGAGCAGGUGGAGCAGCUCAGGACACAGCUGUGCGGAAGAGGCGGCGGGAACGGCGCUUUACAUGCGGACAAACACGGAAGCGUUUUCCCCAACAACGCCGCCAACGUCGUGGAGAACGGCAAAGCAGAGAGCGAGGAGAUUAUCGCGAGGAGUGCUUUCAGACAAGAGAAGCCUAAAUAUAGAAGUGCAGCGACUGUCUCAGAACCAAGCUCCCCAAAACACAGAAUCAGGGAGCUCUCGCCUCAGCACAAGAGAGAGACCAAGCUGAGGAGCAAGGAGACAAGCAACCCUGAGGAGAGUUCUCCUAAGUCUGCACGGAGGGCCCUUAGUCCUGCCCAGAAGAGCAGGAGGACGCCCAGAGCCCCAACUGCGGCCGUUUCAACCGACAAUGGGCUGAGAGACGCCGGACGGGGCGCCGAAGAAAAGCCGAGAGCUUCCGCCGACAGUUCUGGAAUCACAGCUAGUGAUGUUAAAAAAGCGUCUGUUCUGAGUCGCUAUCCGCCGGCAGCUAAUGACCAGAAGCCACUGAGGACGACCCACAAGCCUGCUGACGGGGAGACUAAAAAGAUCCGAGUGGAGAAGUUCUCCAAAAUGUACGUGGGUAGUGAUAGCGAAUCGAACAACUCCGACGUGGUGCCCGAUUGCUCCAGCAACAUCAACAGCAUCUCUGCGCUGGAGAAGGACACGGCGUCGGUCGACCCGGUCCAGGAGCCUGUCUGCGUAUCUGCUGCCUCCACACUGGCCAAGGCCAACGGGUCGUACACCGCCCACAGGUCCCAGGUGACUCCUCUGCUCCCCAACGACCAAGGGUCCGAGGGGCACUCCUCCGCCUCCGAGACCGAAUCUACUGGUUCAAGGCCAUCUGAACCAGAACCUCCGAUUGAAACAGCUGCUACAAACGUAAGCAGCAGGGCUGCAGCGUCUAGAUACCCUAGGUAUUCUCGUGUCCACGGCUCCCACUCAGAAGGCUCCUCAUCCAGGAGCUCGUUUGACGAGGAGCUCCACAACCGAACACAGUCCACCGAGGGCGGCCACCACGAGUCCGCGCAUGCGCCGUCGGGUAUCGAGAUCCAGCGAGUGUGCAGCCCGCGUGAAGCCCUGAGGUCGAAGGCCGUCAUCAAGCCCGCUAUCGUGGAGAUCGACCGGAAGGAGGUGAUGAUUUCGGAGCCUCUGUCCACCAAUGGAAAACCCAAGAUCUCCACCAAACCAAUGGCGGCCACGACGAGCAAAAUGACCAGCAGCAUAACCAUCUACCCCAACGAUCCGAGCUCCUCCAGAACCAGCAGCCGCAGCAGCAGUGUGUCCAGCGAGCCCAUGCCCAUCAAAGAGCGCCACACCUCCACCAGCAACAUCCUAAUAGGGCCGAGCGCUGAACACCACGGCAGUGUUUCCAUCCCAUAUGAAAUCUCCAUCCCUAAGAGUGAGAUCACCUUGCGGCCGUGCCAAGACCAGGACUGUGGGGCGGAUGACCCCAACGAUUCCCCACCAAAGUCCAAGCGCCACAACGCUUCCAGACUGGAGUCGGCCGCGAGUCACCUGCACUGCCAGCGCAGCAAUUUCAGCCUCCAGUCCUCUGACACUUGGGCGGCAGACGUCAACGACACGGAGUCGGGCUUUGAGAGCAGCAGCAGCACCACCACGGUCACCAGCUGGCGAAGCCAAAGGCAGAGCCAGCUCUCCCAAGAAGACACGCUACCAGACUUGAAGAACAUCACUGUGAGGAGCACGUGGAGGAACAGGGGCGCCGCGUCCGUGGACGAAAGCGGCCGGGGGAGGGGGGCUGCGAGGGCGGCGGCGGACGGUGGCUCAGAAGACGAGGCCGAGGCCGUAACCACGUGGAGGGCCUAUCGGGCCACCACCUUCGACACAGAAGAAACCGUGAACAGCAGCACAGGAGCUGGUGGGAACCCUGCAGCACAGCGGGGGGGCAGACCGACCCCUGCAGAGGUGUACAUGCGGAGGAUCAACAGUGUGGCCGCUAACGCUAAAGACGCCGAGGAGGCGGCGUCGCGCCGACGCAAGCACGCUCAGUCCCCCAGCGUGGAAGCAGGAGGCCUGGGCCGGACCGUGCCCCACGCGCCGGUCACGUCUCAGUCCUGGAGCCGAUCCUUCUCCCAACAAGUGCCGGCCACCGAUAGCAUAGACACCGGUCCGAACCCAGGCCACAGCCCGGCGUCCUGGAGGCGACACCUGCCCAGCAGCGACUCGCACCACCUGGGGAGCUCUUAUGACCGAGCAUCCAAGGCGGCGGUGGGGGCCUCCACCAGAGGAGGGGAGCUGUGGUCUAGUCGGGGUCAAGGGUCAGGGGCCCGAGCCGAGGGGAGGACUGCAGCAGGCAGCCGACCGUGGAGCCAUCGCCAGCCUGAGCACCAUUAGGCCGAACAGGAGAUCUGCAGCGAAGACAGCCCUUCAUUCAUCUCUCAACAACGCAAGCAGAGCCAAACACCAGUCUCCCACCGAAAAAUGGCCGCAUAACCCAACCACAUCUGCAGCUUUUACGGCGAGCAAAGCAAAUAAACAAACGAACGGGACGGCGCAUGCAGGCGCACAGUAACGAACCACAUGACCCGAGACCUUCCGAACCGGAGCUCAGACGCCGGCAGGCAGCCGGGCGUCCUCUUCUGCUCCUCCUCUUGGUUGUAUUGUAGUGUAAUCCCACAAGUUGACAAGGGAGAGGCUGGCGCGCUGUCUGCUGGGGACCGUCCCGCGCCCGAACGGCUUCAGAGGGAUGAGACGCGUGGGAUGACGAUGCCUUGCUCAGAGGACCAUCACAGCUGGACGCAUUGCUUUUGGAUCAGAAUUCCAUUUCCUCAUUCCUCCACAAAGCGACUUCAUCUCACAGGGCUGGAUCUCGAUGCAGGUUUUUACUUUAAAUGUGACCAAAAACAGGAAGCGACGUACCUUCUUUACUGUUUGCUGACUUGUAUUAAAACACGAAUCUGUUCUGUUUAUUUUCGCUUUUACCACUUUCAUGAUUUACUGAACAUCUACAUGUUCCAGCAUUAGGCUCAUUUUUUUUGUUUGUUUUUUGUCACCACCUUCUGCCGCGACUGGAUUUAAUUUUGGGUUCGUAGACGCGGAGCGCGCGUUCGCAUGUUUCUGCGUAAUAAAUGAGGAUCACUUCAAAGAGGGUGACUCAGCGUGCACUCCGCUCGCAGCAUUGCCGCGUGGCCGCAUUUUAGGGGCGCCCACAUUACACGCACAUUAUUUCUGACAGAUCGGGACCUUUUAUUUAUGCUCCUUUGCCAUUUUGUCGUAACUCGCUUUCGCCUUCUGCUCGACACAAAAGGACGCGUAGGAGGCAGAAAGCUGAACGACUGGAGGGAGCGGCGUCUCUGACCUCAAACCGUGCUGCAGCGCUUUUGCUUCACAGCAGCUGCCACUGUACUCAUUCAUGUAUUGAGCCAUAGCGGAGCGGAGGUGCAGCGUUGGACUCUGGAUUACCAGCAGACCUCAGCCGGCGUGUUGGACGCAUAGCAGCCAGUCAUAGGAGAGACUCUGAACUCACAGCCCGGCCUGUUUGUGACUGGGUUCGCCGUGCGAAUCAUCCCAGCUUCCCUCUGUUUCUUAUAUCUAUAGAGGUGUAUUAUUUUGUUACGUCAUUAAACAUCAACUUGAGGUUGAUGAGUUGGAGCAGUUUAUAGUUAGCGGGGGCCAUAGCAGCGAUGGGGGGUGCCACAGAAACUCAUUUAUCAACGGCCAGUACUAGAAGGUAUUCUCAUGGAGGUGAAUGGUGCACGGACGCUGUUAAACUGUGCUGAAAACGCCGGGCCUUUUGAACGGGCCCCAUGCUGGAAAUUCACGAACGCCGCCGAGCAAUGUGAGCGCUCGGAACGCGCGGGUUCCGCUGGAGGAACCCUCUGCCGCUCACCCGGCUGCUCUGCUGUUAGAAAUCCUCGUGCUGUCGCGUCGGCUCCUGCUGCCGACGUUCAGUCUCCGUCUGACCUCUCGUCCCACGUCGGCCACAGCUGUAAUAUUUGUAAUCUCCUCUAUAUACAGGUUCAUGUAUCAGCCUGUGUCACUCACUGUGUCAAACUCCUCCCCCCCAUGUAACAUCUGUAACUGUCAGUCGUCACGCUAUGAACACAAACCAUAUAUCUGGAUGCGCGUUCGCUAAAUACAGCAAUGACACCAUGUUCAUCUGUGCCUUGAUUUGUGACGAACGAGGUCGAUUCUCCCAGCGAGUCUGAUUUACGCCAGAUUUGAUCGCAUCAUGAGUAAGAUGCUAUUCUGAUUUGGGUUUUAUAAUUUGUACAUUGGAGAACACGUACGUCUCAAAGUGGUGGAAAUGGGAAACUCCAAACUCGGCUUCCUGAGAAUCAAAGCUGCUUCAAAGUAGGCUUUUAAAAAUGUAUAGAGCUCUGUAUGAGAAAAGGAGCUGGGCCUGUUCGUGGCCAGAGCUGGUUUUAUGAUGGAGCAAAAACAGACCAGACGCACUGUUUUUGACUUGGCUCGUGCCAAGAUCACAUAGUCACUCUGUGUGUCUGAGCUCUUUUACCACCAUUCUUUUUAAUUUAGAGGAGAAAAUCCAAUCUUCUCCCCUCGAUGGUUUCUUCUUUCUAUUUUUACUGGGUUCCAAUUUCCUCAAGAGGAAAGAUGAGGAUGUGCGUGGAAAUGUUUUGCUGGUUCGGAGAGUUGUUUUUACAGAAGCUAGCUGAAAGGUCAGAGGUCAGGGCUGCAUCUAAUCCUGUCACUGCGUCUCGACUCGACUCAGGCUCUAAACACAGGGGAACGGAAGACACCGCUCGGCAGUGGUUUCCACUUUAGGUGUCAUCUAAACCGGGCGUCGUGCUGCUCUAGAUGCACGUGGACGCCCCUCAGUUGUGUGUGUUAUUAAUGUGACAGUGAGGCUCUUGUUUGAAGGACGUAAGGGGCCGGAGGCUGACAUCGCUGUGGUCAGGAUGUUUGCUAUAUCAGCUCGGUGACGCAACUACUAGGAGCAAUGCACUCCCACCCUCAUCCUGCCUCAACGCCUCCACAGCAUUUUUUCAAUCACUGAUUUCCGGGCAUCCAGUGAAUAACACACGUUUGUAUCCACCCCUGCUGCAACUGCUGCCGUUUCCCUUUUGUGGUUCUUUUACUUUCGUUCUCCCGUCGCUCCGUCCUUCUGCUCCCAAGCCGCUCUCUCAACCCGAUGGUCUCGGGAAGAGUCCAGCUGUCAGAAACCGUAGGCUUUACGAGGGCUUCCCUCCUUGAGACCUUCUUCAAAGGAAGCAGGUCUCUUUAAAGGGCAAAGUUGAAACCCCAGCCUCUGCUAUGCACGCUGCCUUUCUUCCUUACAAGUCCCAGUAGAAGCCCAGCGCCACCAGUAACUCAACCGUGCGCCCCAGUCCAAUGUGGGAUUUCCACUCCUUACUCCAGGAAUGAGCUCUGAACCGGACAAGUGUGUGACUGGUGACCUGGGACUUCACAGGUUGUGUUUCAGGGGUUUGUUGGUGAUUCAGAGAAACAGCUGGAUGAUGUUAAAACGUGGAGAGGAAGGCGGUAGCUUCCCUGCUCAAAUAACAGGAAUCCUCACUUACAACUCAUUGCCUUUCUAGCAUAUACUUGGGGGGGGGGGGGGGUCGGCGUCGCCCUGUGAGAAAGCGCUGGGGUGGGAACAGGUCUUUCUGCUCAAAGGCCUCUAUUGUAAAGCCAGAGUCAUGGUGUCAUUAGGUGGCGCAGGCUGUAAUCUGCACUUAACCAGCACUUAACUUUAAGACCUCAAAUGAAUAAUGCCCCCUUUAGUCCCAUUCGUCAAAACGCUCCCUAUCUCGAGCCCCAGUGUUGUACAUGUUUUCAGCUGAAUGUAUCCUAUGUGUAUUUUGCACCAGCCAAAUUGGAGUAUUUAAGAGUCAUUUCAAGGAGCGAAGGACAAAGUGGCAUGCGCGCGGCGGAUGACACCUGUGUGUGAGACCCUGUCCCGCCUGCGUCCUCGCCUUCUAACGUUGUGCCAAAAUCAUUCCACAGUAUUUCCGGGUUUACAGAGAGGCGGCGCCGGUGCUUCGCCCAGAUGAGAUGCUGAAAUAAGGGGAAAUAUUCAAUUUGAGGGUUUUUUUUUUGUUGCCGUUUUCUGGUUAUGUAUGUUUUUAUUACUUUGUUAAACGAAAUGUCUUAUUUUGGAAGCUAUAUCCAAUAGGUUUUAUUUAAGGAAAAUCUUGUAAUUUUGUAAAGUGGGCCUUAUUAUUGAAAUACAGUAAGUAUUUGUCCAUCUUGAUUUGUAUCUUCCUCGUUGUUAUAACGCUCCUGGAGAGUUCUACUUCCUGCAUUUUGUGUUGGUUAUUUUAUUUCAUGACGCUUCUCGUGACCUGGAGACAUGACGACGCACCACGGACGAGCGAGAGAGAGAGCGUUUAAAUCGGCGAACAGAGUCAUGUCAUAAGUCACUGAAGCGUGAGCUGAGCAGCUUCACGGCGCGUCGUCCUGUUUCCAGCCACCGCUUCAGCCUCUUCGCAAAUUCCGGAUCUGUGCAUCCUCUGAAUGUCAUGCUUUGUAGGAGCUGCCAAAGAAAGAAGUGUGGAUGUAGAUAGACGGGCACGAUCGCACGGGGCGACACGCGUCGUAUAUCCGGGUCCCAUCACUGUCGCGCACACGUGCAGAGACGUAAGAGUCUCAGGCUUGUACAAUCAGAUUGGAAUGGUUUGUGUGCAGACAAUGGAGAACACAAACACGCGCGUCGUGACCUCUGCUCAGUGGUUUUGUGACCUCUGCUCACUUCUGUGGGUCAGCGGUGCCAGGUAGACCGCGUGGGAGGCCGACUUUGAGUUUUCCCUCUUUCAGGCUGUGCAUGUUUUAACCUUACUGUGGCUGGCGCACUCUGCAUGUACGUCUCUUGAAGCUGCCGACUGUACAACAGGCCGUAUGUAUUCCAAUAAAAAUGAAAAAGCAACCCUGCAA